CCUUAGAUCCUGGAGAGGGAUGAAGGACUGUUCAUUAGAGGACAUAAUGAAGUCCAGAGUGAUUUAUGGGCUCCAUGGUUUGGCAUUCUUUAAUGGACACGGAGUACCACACAGACAACUUGGACAGAGCCCUGUUCUAUGAAAUUUUAAAAUAAGCUAAUUUUAUAUAAGCGUCUGCCAAACCAUUAGACCAUGAUGAGAUUUUAAUUGAGGAAUAUUUUGGUUCAAGAUGGUCCUGUGGACAGUUAAAUCCAGUCUGGAACACUUUCUCUCUGUAUUGUUUUUGGGACUUAGGCCAACAUCGUUGCAGAGAUUCUGAAACCUAAAUUUAACCUGUUUGUCAGGACGAAGCGGCUUGCUUGGGGUUGCACAGAUUCCUCGCCAUCUUUGCGGAGAAUGGCUAAACUCAUCCAGCGGAAGUGCACCCCGUAAUCAGAAUGCUCUAUACCCCAAGAUGACUUCACCCAUCCCUCCCAGGAUGGCACCAGUCCCCUCCCAUUGCCCCUGGCUGAUCUCUGCCCCACAGACCACAAACACUGGCCUAGAAACUGAAUUUGUCAACGGUGCCCACCGAAGCGGCACUUGCGCUCAUCAUGUAUCUGGUCACUCGGGUCUCCUCGGGGACCUUUCGUGCAGACACUGUCCUGAGCCCCGGAUCUCUCUCCCUCCUGGAGCUAUCCCACCAUACCCAUUUCUCUAUUUUGAGAACCCCUCCCACGUCAUGGACCUCAUCGUGCUGAAAUCCCAGUUUCUAUGUCACCUGGUCUUCUGCUACGUGUUCAUCGCCUCGGGGCUCAUUGUCAACGCCAUCCAGCUGUGCACACUGGUCCUCUGGCCCAUCGACAAGCAGCUGUUCCGCAAGAUCAAUGGCCGACUGUGCUACUGCGUCUCCAGCCAAUUGGUGAUGCUUCUGGAGUGGUGGUCAGGCACCGAGUGCACCGUCUACACUGACCCGAGGUCCUCCCCCCACUACGGGAAAGAAAACGCCAUCGUGGUUCUCAACCACAAGUUUGAGAUUGACUUUCUCUGCGGCUGGAGCCUGGCUGAGCGCCUUGGGAUCCUGGGGAACUCCAAAGUCUUGGCCAAGAAGGAACUGGCUUAUGUCCCAAUUAUUGGCUGGAUGUGGUACUUUGUGGAAAUGAUCUUCUGCACGCGCAACUGGGAAAAGGAUCGGCAGACGGUCGCCAAGAGCCUACUGCACCUCCGGGACUACCCAGAGAACUAUCUGUUCCUGAUUCACUGUGAGGGCACACGGUUCACAGAGAAGAAACACCAAAUCAGCAUGCAGGUGGCCCAAGCCAAGGGGCUGCCCAGCCUCAAGCACCAUCUCCUGCCACGCACCAAGGGCUUUGCAAUCACUGUGAAGUGCCUGCGAGAUGUAGUCCCAGCUGUAUAUGAUUGUACACUCAAUUUCAGAAACAAUGAAAACCCAACCCUGCUGGGAGUCUUAAAUGGAAAGAAAUAUCAUGCCGACUGCUACGUUAGGAGGAUCCCCAUGGAGGAUAUCCCAGAGGAUGAGGACAAGUGCUCGGCCUGGUUACACAAGCUCUACCAGGAGAAGGAUGCCUUUCAGGAGGAGUACUACAGGACAGGGGUCUUCCCAGAGACGCCCUGGGUUCCCCCACGACGGCCCUGGUCUCUGGUCAACUGGUUGUUCUGGGCGUCCUUGCUGCUCUACCCCUUCUUCCAGUUCCUCGUGAGCAUGGUCAGCAGCGGUUCCUCGUUGACGCUGGCGAGCUUGGUCCUCAUCUUCUGCAUGGCCUCCAUGGGAGUUCGAUGGAUGAUUGGCGUGACAGAAAUUGACAAGGGUUCCGCCUACGGCAAUAUCGACAACAAACAGAAACAGACAGACUGACUUGGGGAUGUCACCUCCAAAGGGAACCUUGGGGAACUGUUGGCCUCUGCCUAGCCUUCUUCGUAGGGUUCAGUGGUGGAGACUGGGGAGCCUUGCUGGGAACGAGCAGACACCACAGCCUCUCCAGUCAAGAGUUUGUCUCAGCGCUGGAUGGGAAAGGAAGACGUUCUUCAGCCUUUUCCCCUGUGUGAAUUAUUGGGUUUGUUCAUCUUUCUUUUCAGUUGCACACGUGUUUGUGUGUCUCCGUACGUGUUUGUGUGUGUGUCUCUGUACGUGUGUGUGUGUGUGUGUGCGCGUGCGCGCGAGUGUGAGAGAGAGAGAUGCGGAAAGGAGGAUGGCCGCCUGUACACUUGCGACCCUGUGACAGCAGGGUCUAUGAGGCUGCAGGGAAGGGUGGGGCUGGGGGGGAAGGGGAAGGUGUCCCUGUCAUCCCCAUCCCGUGGUGCUGCGUCUUCUCUAACCCUCGAUUGCCAGAGACAGACUGAACAGUGCUUUAGGUAAGAUGACUAAAUUAUGCCUCCAAAUAAGGAAAAAAAAAUUAAAGUGUUUGUCUGGGUUGUCUGUGGCAUGUGUUUACA